AUUUGAUACAAUGCCAUAGGGUGUUCUAAGGAGCAUAAUUAGUUUGCUGUUAAAUAGGCAAAUGUAUAAUUCUUUUAUACAUCUAUGGAUAGGCAGAUAGAUGGCAAGACUAGAAAGACAGCUGCCUUUUGCAAAACGUAGCACAGAUAAUUUCAUUAAAUAAUUUCAUAAUCUACUCAAAACCUCAGGAGGCUUGGGGAUUGCUCCCAGCCUGUCAGCCCAGCCUCUGGAAAAACUCUUUCUCUAGACUAGUUUUUGUCAGAAAGAUUGUAUGUAAAUUAUAUAUUUAACAAUAUUUGACACAGUUCUUUAUUUUUAAGGAUGUUAGAUCCAUCCUGGAUUAGAUAUUUUUCCUAAUUACAUUAAUAUUUAGAAGCUGACUGUUACCUAUAUAAUUGAAAUAAAACCUAGUAGGGAUGUGGAACAAUGGAAAGGCUUUAGGACUUUCUGUCAUUGGUUCUUGCUCAGCUCUGUUCUGUAUCAGCUUAUCUUUAAAAUAAUUAUCUCUGAAUUAGCCACUCAAGAAAGAUGUCCAGAAAGAUGACUGUGGCACAUUUUACAAAUUUCUGGAAAUUGAAAUGAAACUGUGACUCACAGAAACAAUUGUUGUCUGAUGGUUUGGGUGUUUUUUUGCAAAGUUGAGUGUAUUUACGAAGAGGAAAUCUGGAGAAGAAUAUCCAUUACUAAAUGCAAUUAAAGGGGAGGAAAAAACAACAGCAACUCACUGCAGUUCUUGUAAAGAGCUCUGCUAAGCCUCUGGGAAUCGAAGCCACUGAUGCUUCUGGUUCCAGAAUUGUUCUUAAUUAUCUUAUUGCUCUAUUCUCUGUUCUUCUAGUGAACUUCCCUUGAUUCUAAAAAUCAGCACAUGCCACACUUUUGCAGACAAAUGAAGUGGAGAAGCAAACUCUGAGGGCUUCUCAAUCCAGGCACCCUGGAGGAGGAAUAUCUGGCACCAAAUUCCUGUAGAUCAGUGGGUGCCUACUGAGACUGGACUAUUUUUUGGAAGACAGGAUUUUUGUCAGUAUUUACUGCCUGCUCAUCAUGUCUUCAAUUCUUGGGAAGAUGAAGAAAUUUGGCAGUUUUGACAUGGAGGAAUCUGAAGUGGCAGAUGAACACACAGAAGGGGAGGACUCUACAUCUGAGAACUCCCAGGGCCCACCCAGCACCAGGGCACAGCCACCCAAAAGCAACAUCUUUGCAAGGCGUGGGCGGUUUGUGAUGGGGGAUAGUGACAAGGACAUGGCUCCCAUGGACUCCUUUUACCAGAUGGAUCACCUGGUGGCACCUUCUGUCAUCAAAUUUAAUGUCAAUUUGGAGAGGGGGAAACUUCACAAGCUCCUGUCUGCAGAUUCCAUCACAGGCUGCUCAGAAAAAGCUUUCAAGUUUUACGAUCGCAGAAGGAUCUUUGAUGCUGUAGCCCGAGGCAACACAAAGGACCUGAGUGACCUGCUACUCUACCUUAAUAGAACCUUCAAGCACCUCACAGAUGAGGAGUUCAAAGAGCCUGAAACUGGGAAAACCUGUUUACUGAAAGCCAUGCUGAACCUGCACGAUGGGAAAAAUGAUACCAUUCCCUUGCUGCUGGAUAUUGCAAGGAAAACUGGAACUCUGAAAGAGUUUGUUAAUGCAGAAUAUACUGACAACUACUACAAGGGCCAGACUGCUCUUCACAUUGCCAUCGAGAGAAGGAACAUGUACCUGGUGAAGCUCUUGGUCCAGAAUGGAGCAGAUGUUCAUGCACGAGCCUGUGGGGAGUUCUUCAGGAAAAUCAAAGGGAAAUCUGGCUUUUAUUUUGGGGAGCUGCCCUUGUCCCUGGCUGCCUGCACCAACCAGCUCUGCAUUGUGAAAUUCCUGCUGGAGAAUCCCUACCAGGCAGCUGACAUUGCUGCUGAGGACUCCAUGGGCAACAUGGUCCUGCACACCCUGGUGGAGAUUGCAGAUAACACUAAGGAUAACACCAAGUUUGUAACCAAGAUGUACAAUAACAUAUUGAUCCUUGGUGCCAAAAUUAAUCCAAUCCUGAAGCUGGAAGAGCUCACCAACAAGAAAGGGCUGACUCCAUUAACCCUGGCAGCCAAAACAGGGAAGAUAGGGAUUUUCGCUUACAUCCUCAGACGAGAGAUCAAAGAUCCCGAGUGCAGACACCUGUCCAGGAAGUUCACUGAAUGGGCAUAUGGACCUGUCCACUCCUCUCUUUAUGACCUGUCCUGUAUAGACACAUGUGAGAAAAAUUCAGUGCUGGAGAUUCUUGCCUACAGCAGUGAGACACCAAACCGGCACGAGAUGCUGCUGGUGGAGCCCCUUAACAGGCUCCUGCAAGACAAGUGGGACCGGUUUGUCAAACACUUGUUUUACUUCAACUUCUUUGUCUAUACCUUGCACAUCAGCAUCCUCACUGCAGCUGCUUACUACAGACCUGUACAGAAGGACCAAAAGCCUCCCUUCACCUUUGGUUACACCACUGGGGAGUAUUUUCGAGUGACUGGAGAGAUCCUGAGCGUUCUGGGAGGCCUCUAUUUUUUUUUCAGAGGGAUACAAUAUUUCGUGCAGAGGCGCCCGUCACUCAAGACGCUGAUCAUUGAUGGCUACAGUGAGGUUCUUUUCUUUGUUCACUCCUUGCUCCUCCUGAGCUCUGUGGUGCUGUACUUCUGUGGCCAGGAACUCUACGUGGCUUCCAUGGUGUUCUCCUUGGCACUGGGCUGGGCCAACAUGCUCUACUACACCCGGGGCUUCCAGCAGAUGGGCAUUUACUCUGUCAUGAUUGCCAAGAUGAUCCUUAGAGAUCUGUGUCGCUUCAUGUUUGUCUAUCUAGUGUUCCUCUUGGGAUUUUCUACAGCUGUGGUGACUUUAAUUGAGGAUGACAAUGAGGGGCAAGAGACAAAUACCUCUGACUAUUCCCGCUGCUGCCAUGUGAGACGAGGCCGCACGUCCUACAACAGCCUGUAUUACACCUGCCUGGAGCUUUUCAAGUUCACUAUUGGGAUGGGGGACCUGGAGUUCACAGAGAACUACAGGUUCAAGUCUGUCUUUGUCAUCCUCUUGGUUCUCUAUGUCAUCCUCACGUACAUCCUCCUGCUCAACAUGCUCAUUGCGCUGAUGGGGGAAACCGUGAACAAAAUUGCACAGGAGAGCAAGAGCAUCUGGAAGCUCCAGAGAGCCAUCACAAUCUUGGAUAUCGAAAACAGCUACUUGAACUGUUUGAAGGGCUCAUUCCGGUCCGGGAAGCAAGUCUUGGUGGGGAUCACACCUGAUGGCCAAGAUGAUUACAGAUGGUGCUUUAGGGUUGAUGAAGUGAACUGGUCCACAUGGAAUACGAAUCUGGGCAUAAUCAACGAAGAUCCCGGGUACUCUGGGGACCUCAGACGGAAUCUCAGUUUCUCUAUUAAACCUGGCAGAGUUUCAGGGAAACACUGGAAAACAUUGGUUCCGCUUUUAAGAGAUGGAAGCAGGAGAGAAGAUACUCACAAGCUACCAGAGGAAGUCAAAUUAAAACCUGUUUUGGAACCUUAUUAUGAGCCAGAAGAUUCUGAGGUGUUGAAGGAGUCACUUCCAAACAACCACAGGGGGAAAGAAAUCUGGUGCUGCAAAUCCAUCUGGCUGGAUUUACAAAGAGAAUCAGGAAAACUAUCUGAGAGAGAAAAUAGGCAGAUGUUCUAAAACUACAGAUGGGAGCUCUGGAAAGAGAGGAGAGUGUAAGGUUUCAUGCUUGUCUGAGCCUCUCCCAGUGACUGUGGCCCACAGCACCAGCAGCAAGGACACGCUCACAGGACAGGGACAAGAAGCACCCACCACCUCACACAUCUGUGGGGUGUGUACAGUGAGGACUGGCAAAGGGCUUUGUAGGUUUGUUCUGUUACUUUUUGCCUUAGGAGUGGCAGGGGACACUUAACAAAAGCACAAAUGCAGGAAAAGACACAGGAAAAGAGUUACAGAUCUGUUCUCCCCAUUGUUUGUUAUUAUCUUGUGCUUAUCUCAUGUAACUUAACCAAGACAAGGGAUAACUAUGACCUGAAGUCAAAUAGUGAUGCCACUUGCAAAAAGCAGAUUUUUACUGCACUUUUUUCAACUUACUCCAUAUUUAAUCUAUCCCUGCAUAGGGAAUUGGCCAGAGGUGUGGGAAUUAGAGAGAUUCAGGUGGAAGUGAUCACACUACCAGGUGGA